UGUUGGGCAAACACUUCCGAGACUUCACUGUUAACUGCUGCACUAAUACAGUACUGUACACCGGUGGGACUGGCCAGCUCGAUUAUUUACCACAACAAACAACACGCCGAGUGAAGUAUUCAACUUAAAUAUCAUUACAAUGACCAAGCUGUCAGGAUGGUACUAUGAGAAGCGGGAGUUACGGCACACUCCAAGCAUUAUUGCAGGCCUCAGCGUGGAGCAGGAAAUACAAUAUCGGCGUGAAGGAGCCCGUUUUAUUCUGCAGGUGGGAAACAAGAUGGGUCUCCGCUAUGAAACCAUGGCAACAGGUGUUGUUUACUUCCACCGCUUCUACAUGGUACAUACGUUCCAGUCCUUCCCAAGACAUGUAACUGCUUGUUGCUGCCUGUUUCUUGCUGGCAAAGUGGAGGAAACACCCAAGAAGUGUCGAGACAUCAUGAAGACUGCCAAAAGUUUGAUGGAUGAAGUAACCUGGGCCGAGUUUGGCACAGAUCCACGUGAAGAGGUGAUGACACUGGAGAGAAUCUUGCUGCAGACAAUUAAAUUUGAUUUUAUUGUAGAACAUCCCUACACUUAUCUUCUCAAGUAUGCAAAAUGUCUCAAAGGAGACAAAAAGAAAUUGCCCAACAUGGUACAGAUGGCAUGGACAUUUGUUAAUGACAGCCUGUGCACAACACUAUGCCUACAGUGGGAACCAGAAAUCAUAGCCAUUGCUCUUAUGUAUCUGGCAGGAAAAUUAAGCAAGUUUGAAGUAACUGAUUGGAACGGAAGAACUCCUAAGCACCAGCGAUGGUGGGACAUGUAUGUUGAAGGUAUCUCAAUGGAACUACUAGAAG